AGAAAAGAGCAAGUUAGAAAAACUGUACAUAUUUUCGGCUAUUUUUAGCUAACAAUUACAUUUAUUGAUGGCGAAUCUCGAGAAUAUGGCAUCAUACUUGAUCUAAAGUUCUAAUACGUCUUUACUUUCUCAGUUUGAAAUAUUUGUCUUUAUCCACUAUUCCAAAUCAUUCCUUAUCAACAUCUCUUAUCUGAAUUACCUAAUCUUAAUUUUUUUAGUAUAUACCAUAUUUGUCAUUUAACAUGAUCCAAAACCUCACUUAUUUAUAAACUCCCAGCUAUAGUAAGUUACCAACGUUUUAUCCUCUUUCAACAAUGGCCAAAACGUCUCUUUAUUGUUUUGCUUUUGUCAUUCUUUUUAUUGGAAAUUCCUGUAGAGCAAAUGAAGAAAUAAAAGUGUAUGAAUUGAAGAAGGGUGAUUUUUCUGUGAAGAUCACAAAUUAUGGUGCAACAGUUCUUUCUGUUAUACUCCCUGAUAAACAUGGAAAAUUGGAUGAUGUUGUUCUGGGUUACUAUUCCAUUGAUGACUACAAGAACGAUACUACAUAUUUUGGUGGCCUGAUUGGGCGCGUAGCUAAUCGGAUUGGAGGAGCAAAAUUUGAGUUGAAUGGUGUGGAAUACAAAUUACCUGCUAAUGAUCAUGGAAACACACUCCAUGGGGGUAGCAGAGGAUUCAAUAAUGUAAUUUGGACUAUGGAAUCUUUUCAGGAAGAUAGUCAUCUUACUCUUACCUACAAUAGCUUUGAUGGUGAACAAGGAUUUCCUGGUGACCUAUCUGUCAAGGUGACAUACAUGUUCAUUGGGACGAACAGGUUAGCCUUAGACAUGCAAGCGAAGCCACUAAACAAAGCCACACCAGUGAAUUUAGCAUCACACACAUACUGGAAUCUUGGUGGAGCCACCAGCGGCAAUAUUUUCUCCCAUACUAUUCAGAUUUUCGGGUCCAAGAUUACUCCUGUUGAUGAUAAGCUCAUCCCCACAGGAAAAAUUACUCCUGUUAAAGGAACAGCUUAUGAUUUCCUCGAGCCACGGACGAUAGGGAGCAAGUUCAAUGAAAUCCCAGGUGGAUAUGAUAUCAACUAUGUGUUGGAUAAUACUGGAGGCAAGCAUUUGCAUAGGGCGGCAAUUGUUCACGAUAGCAAAUCGGGUAGAAAGAUGGAAUUGUGGACUAAUAAACCUGGUGUGCAGUUUUACACAAGUAAUAUGUUGGAAAAUGCAAAGGGAAAAGGCGGAUUUGUUUACUCAAAAUAUGCUGCACUUUGUUUGGAGACACAAGGAUUCCCAGAUUCUGUUAAUCAUCCCAAUUUUCCUUCUCAGAUUGUGAAUCCAGGGGAAACUUAUAAGCACAUUAUGGUUUAUAGGUUCACUGCCUCAUAGAAACUUUUAGAUUUUUCUUGGUCAUAGUACAGUUGAGUAGACCUUUCUUGUUAAGUAUUACUUGCAUUUAUAUCGGAGUAACUUAUUUUUAUGCUGAUUUUAAUAAUAAAAGGUAGUAGCUCUUAGUUAUCA